CUAAAUUGACUAAUUUUUCACAAGCUUUGUGAUUGUGAGGAGAGAUUUCAGAGAAAACGCAAUUUUGGGGUCCGAAUUUGAAACCCUAGUUUGAGAUAAUUUGGGGGUUUUGGGAUUUUUGGUUUCACAAGCACUCUUCCGUCUUGAAACAAGGAAAUGGCAAGGACCAAGGAAAAAGCGGGUUCAAGUUCAUCUUCAUCAAAAGGCAAGGGCAAGCAAAAGGAGCAACCAUCAAAGAAGAGGCAAUAUAUGGGUAGGGUUAGUGAAAGCGAAAGUGAAGGCGAAGAAGAAGAGAUGGAGUUAGACCCGAGUGAUAAGCCGGUGUGGAAUUCGGGGUCGUUGGAUGAUCAAACCGAGAUUUGGCAGCCAACCCUUUAUAACGACUGCAUGAACAAGUUGAAAAACAAAGCAGCCGCAUUUAUUUGUGAAAAAGAGGUUGAUGAACCCCAGUUUGGCCAGUUCGGGGUGUUUGCUAAGUUUCGUGCUUUGGGCUGGGAAGGAGCGCUCAAGUGUUUUGACAAAGAUAAGAGUAAUCUGUUUAUGACUGAGAUUCAGGAGUGGAUGGCAACACUUAAAUGUCACAACUUCAACAAGCCAUCACAAAUGAAGUUGAUCGGGAUGGUACAUGGGGUGCCAGUUGAGAUGUCAUUCGACACGCUGAAGAAGCUGGGAAAGUAUCACAGUCUCCCGGCUAAGGAGUACAUGAUUCCCACGCUUGAUGAUUUAUUGCUCAAACCAGAGAAGCACGUGAGAUGGAACGACAUGUUAGCGGAUUUGUUUUUGCCCGGUAGGUACAGUGGUGUGUUAUACCGGAAGAAUUUGAAGAUAUAAGCCAAACUGUUGCAUACAAUCUGCCUACUUAAUGUCAUUCCAAGAAGAGGCGAUAAAGAACAGGUGAGGUUUCCAGAGAUACCUGUUUUGUAUUCAUUGAUGCAUGGAUCCCCACGCUUUCCAAUACGCUACCUGAUUAUGCACCAUUUGUGGAUAUGCCGGAACAAAUACGGAAGAGACAUCGUCCCGUACUGUCGCAUCAUAACGGGUUUGAUGAAACAGCAGAAGGCACUCACAUCCGAAGACCGAGGUUUGACGAAAAGGCACCAGCCUUUUACUUUGGAUAGGUUGGGAAACGUUUGGACAUAUACUCAGUCUGAACGUUAUCACAAGUUGAAAUCAGAGGGUCAACGGUGGAGGGCAUUGAAAUUGGGUGCAAGGGAGUUGUUACCGGGAGAGCCGGAUGAGCCGGAAAGCGAUGAAGAGUUGGUUCCUAGUGGGGACGAGGACUAUGCGGACGAGCCGCAGGGUGGUGCAAAUGUUGGUUUUGGGGUUUUUGGUGGUGG